UUCCCCCGAAGCAAGAGGCGGCGCGCGAGAGAAGUUUGUUUUGGCUCGGCCGGUGUUGCUGCAGCGCACGCCCGCAGGCAGGCGCCGGGCUCCCGGCAGUCACCUCCAAGGGCACCGAGAGCACCCGCCGCCUCAUGUAGCGCGGUGGCCGGGCGGAGCCCCAUGGAAACCCCGGGGGGCGCCGGCGCCUCAGCGGCCGCGGAACAGCAGCAGGGCACCGGCGGCGGGGACUCCUCCGAGCAGCAGCUCAGUCCCCCGGGCGCUCCGGAGGCGCUGGCUGGUUCUGAGGCGGCGCCGGGCGCAGCAAUCGCAGCUGCCGGCGGGGAGGGCGGCGGGCCGGUGUUGCGCCAGCGCUGCCUGCGAGCCGUGUAUGUGCUCAACGACCACAACCCCAAAGGCGCCGAAGCCGGGGCGCUGCAGUGCCUGGUGCGAGCCUGCGCGGCCGAGGGAGCCCACCUCGCCACGGUCAACUUUGGCGAGUUGGACUUCGGCGAGACGGCGGUGCUGGACGUCUUCUACGACGCGGAUGUUGCAGUAGUGGAUAUGAGUGAUGUUUCCAGGCAGCCAUCCUUAUUCUAUCAUCUUGGAGUACGUGAAAGCUUUGACAUGGCCAAUAAUGUUAUACUCUACAAUGACACUGAUGCUGAUACUGCUCAGUCACUGAAGGACAUGGUGUCUCAGAAAAACACAGCUUCAAGUGGCAAUUACUACUUUAUUCCAUAUAUUGUAACACCUUGUGCUGAUUAUUUUUGUUGCGAAAGUGAUGCCCAGCGGAGAGCUUCUGAGUACAUGCAGCCUAAUUGGGACGCUAUCCUGGGGCCUCUCUGUGUGCCACUGAUGGACAGGUUUAUCAGUCUUCUCAAGGACAUCCAUGUCACAUCAUGCACAUAUUACAAGGAAACACUGCUGAAUGACAUUAGAAAAGCUAGAGAGAAGUAUCAAGGAGAAGAACUGGCAAAGGAGUUGGCCAGGAUUAAGCUUCGUAUGGAUAAUACUGAAGUCCUGACUUCUGACAUAGUAAUAAACUUGCUUCUGUCAUACCGAGAUAUCCAGGACUAUGAUGCUAUGGUAAAGCUGGUAGAAACACUGGAAAUGCUGCCAACCUGCGAUUUGGCUGAUCAGAACAAUAUUAAAUUUCACUAUGCAUUUGCAUUGAAUCGAAGGAACAAUACAGGUGACCGGGGGAAAGCACUACAAGUGAUGCUUCAGGUUCUGCAGACAUGUGAUCAUCCUGCACCGGACAUGUUCUGCUUGUGUGGGAGAAUCUACAAGGACAUAUUUUUGGAUUCAGACUGUAAAGAUAUCAGCAGCCGAGACAGAUCUAUUGAAUGGUACCGCAAAGGGUUUGAGCUUCAGUCAUCUCUGUAUUCGGGAAUUAAUCUAGCAGUUUUGCUGAUUGUUGCCGGACAGCAGUUUGAAACCUCCAUGGAACUCAGGAAAAUAGGUGUGCGAUUAAACAGUCUGUUGGGAAGAAAAGGGAGCUUGGAAAAAAUGAAUAAUUACUGGGAUGUUGGGCAGUUCUUCAGUGUAAGCAUGUUGGCGAAUGACAUUGGUAAAGCAGUACAAGCCGCCGAGAGGCUGUUCAAACUGAAACCGCCAAUGUGGUAUUUGAAGUCGUUAGUGCAGAACCUGGUCUUAAUUCAACGUUUCAGGAAACUCUCCAUAGAACACUCUCCAAGACAAGAGAAAUUGAACUUCUGGUUAGACAUAAUUUUUGAGGCAACCAAAGAAACAAUGAAUGGUUUAAGAUUCCCGGUAUUGGUGAUAGAACCAACUAAGGUAUAUCAGCCUGCAUAUGUUUCAAUUAAUAAUGAAGCAGAUGAGAGAACUGUUUCCCUGUGGCAUGUGUCUCCUACAGAAAUGAAACAGAUUCAUGAAUGGAACUUUACAGCUUCUUCUAUUAGAGGAAUAAGCAUAUCUAAAUUUGAUGAACGAUGUUGUUUUCUGUAUGUCCAUGACAACUCUGAUGACUUUCAAAUCUACUUUUCUACAGAGAACCAGUGUAAUAGGUUCUGCGGUUUAGUUAAAGAAAUUUUAACUGAUGCUGUGGGAAGCAGUUUGGAACUUGAAGGGGAGAUUGAUGGUGACACACUAGAAUAUGAGUAUGACUAUGAUGAGAAUGGAGACAGAGUAAUAUUAGGCAAAGGGACCUAUGGAAUAGUGUAUGCUGGGAGGGACCUUAGCAAUCAGGUCCGAAUAGCCAUCAAAGAAAUUCCAGAGAGGGACAGCAGAUAUUCUCAGCCACUACAUGAAGAAAUUGCUCUCCACAAAUAUUUAAAGCAUCGUAAUAUAGUCCAGUAUCUUGGUUCUGUUUCUGAAGAUGGAUAUAUUAAAAUCUUUAUGGAGCAGGUACCAGGAGGAAGUCUUUCUGUCCUCCUAAGAUCAAAAUGGGGACCAUUGAAAGAACCUACAAUUAAAUUUUAUACCAAGCAAAUUCUAGAGGGUCUGAAGUAUCUCCAUGAAAACCAGAUCGUACACAGAGACAUAAAAGGAGAUAAUGUUUUGGUGAACACUUAUAGUGGUGUGGUAAAAAUUUCUGAUUUUGGGACUUCCAAACGUUUGGCAGGAGUCAAUCCAUGUACAGAGACAUUCACAGGCACUUUGCAGUAUAUGGCUCCAGAAAUUAUUGAUAAGGGGCCUCGAGGAUAUGGUGCACCAGCUGACAUGUGGUCUCUAGGAUGCACCAUCAUUGAAAUGGCAACAGGGAAGCCUCCAUUUCAUGAGCUGGGAGAACCACAGGCAGCUAUGUUUAAGGUCGGAAUGUUCAAAAUUCAUCCUGAAAUCCCCGAAUCGCUGUCUGCUGAAGCAAGAGCCUUUAUUUUGCUCUGCUUUGAACCUGAUCCAAACAAACGCAUCACAGCAUCUGACUUACUUAAAGAUGGUUUCUUGAAACAGAUGAACAAGGGCAAGAAAAACAGAAUUGCAUUCAAGCCUUCAGAUUAUAAUCGCAGCACAUCGCUUCCUUUGCCAGUCCAAGGGGAACUAGCUGGCAGCAGCAGCAGUGAACAUGGCUCAAUCUCACCAGAUUCUGACAUGCAACAUGAUAUGUUCUUUGAAAAAACAAAGCGCUCUGUGUCAGAGAUUCAGGCAAAAUAUCCCAUUUCCCAUUUACUAAGUAUUCCUGAUGAGAACUCAGUUUCAGAUGACAGAAGUGCUUCCCCUUCCCUUGAAGAAAAGGAUUCCGGUCUUUUCUUAUUACGGAAAGACAGCGAGCGACGUGCAAUUCUCUAUAAAAUCUUGAAAGAGGAACAGAACCAAGUUGCUUCUAAUUUACAAGACUGUGUAGCACAGAGUUCUGAAGAUCUGCAUCUUUCAGUCACUCACAUCAAACAAAUAAUAGGAAUUUUGAGAGAUUUCAUACGCUCUCCUGAACAUAGAGUUAUGGAAUCAACUAUAUCCAAGCUGAAAAUUGACCUGGAUUUUGACAGUACUUCCAUCAAUCAAAUUCAUCUAGUGUUAUUUGGAUUUCAAGAUGCAGUGAACAAAGUACUAAGAAAUCAUCUGAUCAGGCCCCACUGGAUGUUUGCUAUGGAUAAUAUAAUACGACGUGCAGUUCAAGCUGCUGUCACUAUUUUAAUUCCAGAACUUCGGGCUCAUUUUGAACCAAUAUCAGAGACUGAAGGAGUAGACAAAGAUGCAGAUGAAGUGGAUGAAGAUUUCCAGCGGGCAGAACAAAAACGUCCCGAGGAACCACUUAACACUUCUGGAAUUUGCACGCUUACAUCUUCAGUGGACCCUGACAGUCAGCAGCAGUUAAGCUUUCAAUUAAGCAAACUUAAGCAGGAAACAAACAGGUUGCUGGAAUGCCUGUUGCAAAGAGAGAAAGAAUAUCAGAUGCUUUUAAGGCAAGUAUUGGAGCAAAAAACGCAGGAUUUGCAUCUCCUUCAGCGACAGUCGAAAACUACUGAAAGUCAACUGUCUUCAUCUACACUUGAACACAAUGUAGACCAAGACCUUAUUACAUGGCUGACACAGCAAAAAGCAGACUCAGAUGCAAUUGAAAGGGUAACACUAAAUAAGGGAAGUUCAUAUUUCCUCAACAUCAGCCAUAAACGGAAUAAUACUAAACCUACUGAAAUUAAUUUGUUUUUCAGUUUGUUCAAGAGGAUUACACACUUGAUGAUAUUCUCAACCACAUCACUAAAGAUGAUUUGCGAUCCCUUAGACUCAGAGGUGGCCUUCUCUGCAGAAUUUGGAAUGCAAUAAUAAAACACAGAAAACUGAAUAAUAAACAGUUUGAAAUGGACGAUUAGCACAUCCACAUAGUUAUGCCAUACACUGCCAAUGAAUCUGUGAAGAAAACUGAGCAAACAUUCCAACUAAGUUAUUAAUUUAUGUAUGUACUGUAUGUAUACUGCUCCUGCAAGUUUGAAAAGUGUUUCAUUAAUCCUUGCACAAUAUGCUGUUUAGUGAUUUCUUUGGAAAUUUAGCCAUAUUUCAUUGUAAUAGUUAACUAUUGUAUCAGACAUUAAUAUUUGAAAUCAUGUACAUUUUUCAAGAGAAUAUAUAUUGGGCAGUCACUGGAAACCCGCUUGUAUUUUUUUAAUAUAAAUUUUAAAGUUUGCUUGACAUGCACUUUUUAACUGUUCAUAUUUAUAUUUAGGUUGGUUCAAUUCCAGCUGUUUUCCCAUUUGCUUUACCACUCUAUGAUCACAUUAUUCAUAAAGAAAAUUUUCUGCGUGUGAACUUGAUGAGCGAUAAAAGUAUUAAUCAAAACUUUCAGAAUACUUGAAUGUAUGUAGUAAUACCAAAUGAGGAUUUAAGAUUAAAUGGUCACUGAGAAGUUCUGCAAGAUUAAAAUUCAAAACGGACGCAAUGGGUGUUUCACUCCACUGGCACAGUACUGAAUCCAAUCCACUGAAACUCAUUUAACAGUCUUUAAAGACUGGAGAGGAAGGUCAGAAAACACACCCAAAGUAUCUUUUCAAGAGGCUUUAUUAUAUUUUACUGUACAUAAAGAUUUCAUUAAUCUCAUUUGCAGGUAAGUUUGAUAAAUAGAGCAAUACAGACCAUAACUAAGCUUGUAUAUAUAAAAAAUAAACAUUGCUUGAUUCAG